ACAUUCUCCAUCCAGCCAUGUAUAAAGUCUCCAGGCUGAAGCAGAAGCCAUCGCUUUCCCCACCUGUUGUGUAGCUUAGGAGCAGCCAUGGCCAUGCUGAGAGUGUCCUCGUACCGCAAACUCUUUGAAGAGGAACAUCCAAGAUCAACUUCAUGGCUCAGCCAGCGCUGUGGAACCCAGAUCCUCUCCUCUUCUGCCAGGAGUGGAGUUUCCAUGAUUGACUGCCCUGAACCGGACUUCUCUGCAGCUCAAGCUUUAAACAGGGAGAGUCUGAUGCGGUUCACCCAGGAGCGCUCCAUAAUCGGUGCCCUUAAUGAUCGCCUGGCGGUCCUUAUCGACAUGGUGCGAUGUCUGGAAGAAGAAAAUGAGUCUUUGGAGGCUCAGAUUAUUGAGAUGGAAGAGAGAUUGGCAGUCAGACCGAUUGCCUCCGUCUCCAGCAGUCCCGACUGCCCAUCAUAUUCCAGCCUGGAGGCUGUGAUUGAGAGACUGCGCAGAGAGAAGGACGAAAUUUUGUGUCACAAAGAGGAGCUGAAGAAAAACCUGCAUCAUAUAAAACUAAAGUGUGAUGAGGUUGUAGAGCAGCGGACUCACCUCCAAGUGGAGCGCAAGGAUGUUGCCGUGGAGGUGGAUGCAGUGACUGCUGACUGCUUGGCACUAAGAGAACAAGCAACAAUCUAUGAGGAGCAGUUAGCUACCAUGGAGCAACAGCAUGAGUUUAGUAUUGAGAGUCUUUGUGAGCCUGAAGCUGAAGAUCGGCAUGAUCCGACCGUAUCUCUGCAAUUCCCCUCCAUCGACCUCACUCCAGCCAUCACGGUUAUCAAGGACUACUAUUGCCAGCUGGCUGAAAGCCUACAGUUUGAGUCCAGGGCUGUUGCGAUUGCCAGAGGACAAGAGAGGAGGAACCUGGAAAAACUUACUGGAAAGAAGGUUAAGGAUAAUUCUGAGGUGAUGGACGUGAAUGGUCUGAAGGAGCUGAUUGUUAAACUGCAAAAGGAGCUCGUUGAUCUGGAGGCAUGUGGUGAGGAACUAGAGGCAGAGACUGAAGCGAAAAAAGAGGCUCACCUGCUGGAGAUAGAGGAGCUGGAAACCUGCAUCUGCCAGCUGGAGAAAGAAGAGGCUGACUUACAAGCACAGAUGAAGGAACAGAUGGGGGACUAUGAGGAGCUGCUCAAUGAGAAGAUGGCACUGGACAUAGAAAUUGAAGCCUACAGGGCUUUGGUGGAGAUGGAGGAGGAGAGAUUGUGCUACCCUUAAGACACACAAUAUCUUGUGUAUUGCUGCUGAACUAACAGACUUACAUCAAAUUGCCUGUACCUGGAUCUACUUUCGUUGGAUGUCUUAUCGAGUACACAUAGUAUAUAGAUGUAUUUUAAAGUUAAACCAUCUCUGACUGGAUACAUUACUGUCAUUUUUAAUAUUGUGAGACUCCUGAAGGGUGCUACAUUUCUUUUUUAUUUUGUUUGUUUUACAAAUAAUCACAUUUGUUACUGUUUUCUUAACCUUAACACUUAUAGAACUCUCAAGAUGGUGCUAACAUGCCGAAAUAAAAAAAUUAUAAUAUAUGCCCAGUUUUGAAAUGUCUAAAAUAGCAAUAAGACACAACGUCAUUGGUUUUACAGCAAUCUGGAAAUCCAUUUAAAACUCAAAACAUUUUUGUAUGAAGAAUGUGUUGAUAGUUUAUGGUUAUUUUUGUUUUAUAGCUGCACAUUUUAAAAAAAAGGAGCUGUAAAGCAAAAAUAGGUCUACUGUGCAACGUAGUACAACAAAGAUUGCUGAUCCAAAGCCUUACAUGGAAACUCCUUCUUCUUCUACUUCUUUUUCUUCUUUGUAAUUAAUAAAUGAUAA